AUGGCUAAUAAUCGCCAAUAUAAAGAAGAAUCAUUUCAACAUAAGAAAGCUGAUAAAACCAGUAUUCGAGUUGGUACCCAAUUUCAAGCAAUUUGCCCUGAAGCAAACAAAAAUUUCGAAACUUAUGCUCCUCUUGAUGUGUUGGUAUGGUCACCACCUUCAAACAACUCCAUUAAAGAAAAGGAGAUUCAUAAUUUUAUUUCAAUGGCAAAAAUACAGCAUGGAUUUAAUGAGGAACAAGCAUUGGGAAUUUUGUUAUACUACAACCACAACUUGAAGCAAGCACAACAGCAAAUGCAACUCCUUCAAAGGACCAACAAUGAAUGGUCAAUUGAAGACAAAAUUCUAUUUCGACAAGGCUUGAAAAUGUAUGGCAAAAGAUUUAAUCGAAUUCAAAAACGGCUUUUGCCAAAUAAAUCUACAACAAGCCUAGUGGAAUAUUACUACUCAAUUAAGAAGCCAACUCAGAAUGAAUGUAAAGUAAUUACCAAAGAGAAGAAAGAGUCAAAUGUUUAUUGUUCCAGCAUAUACAAAAAUCCGUGUCCUUUUCCUCCACCACGACCUCCUCCGCCAUAUCCUCCACCAUAUCCUCCCCCAUAUCCACCUGCAAGUCUGCCGCCGCCAUACUUCACUCCAUCCACCCCAAUUUCGCGAUAUGUCGUCCCCUCCACAAACAUUUUGGGACCAGCUAUGAUAGUCACCGCAACCAGAAUUGUUAUGGCCCACAAAGAAAACUUCAUAGCCUGA